GAUCAAAAGCACUAUCAGCAACUAGGCUCGUGCCAUCACACCCUGAUAAGGUGACAUAUGGCCCUCUAUCAACCCCCGUCUACGAAUGGAAAAGAGUUGUGUCAAUAUAUUUGGCUGCCGCAUUAGCCAUUGAUAAGCGCCAAUUCUCACCCCUUUGCUGUUAACGUUUAAUGCGAGACGAGCAACCGAGGGCAAAUACAGAUGGGCCCUGCGUUUUGACGGAUCAACAUCUGUGACCAACUGAGCUGGGCACCUGUUGCAUAUGCAAAUCCGGAAGCAAUGGAGCAGCAGUGCAAAACUCCUUCUCCACGCAUCAAGAGGUUUAAGGCCAACGCUCGAGAAAGGCACAGGAUGCACAUUCUUAACGCAGCCCUUGAUCGUCUCCGCAGCUGCAUGCCUGUUGCUUGUCACUCGCAGAAACUUUCAAAGAUCGAGACUCUUCGACUGGCCAGUAACUACAUUUUUGCGCUCUCUGCCGUGGCGCAAGGUUCAAACGACCCUCUGGCAUUUGCCCACACCCUAACCAGAGGGAUCAGCCAGGCAACCUGCAAUUUGAUUGCCAACUCCUUGAAUACUAGUCUUCAAACCCUGCACUUAAAUGGCAGCACCACGACAACGGCCAACGAACACUCGAGCUAUGUCGAAACUUGGCAGGCAAAGUUAGGCCACCAAUUGCAAAAUUACAACCAAGAAGAAAAUCAGUCUUUGGUACCAUGCAUGUACUAAACUGGUACUAAAGAAGUGGAAAUUUACAAGAAAUUGUUCUAGUCAAUAUAUAUUUUUGA